GUCGCACGUGUCAGAAUGUCCCUCGAGUUUUGGUGGUCGGCCUCUGCAUUCAGCGCCUGCUUAUCGAGCCCGCAGACACAGCAGUUCCCAAAGCAGACGCACAUCCCUGCCCCUUUGGCGAGCAGGGCGGCAGGACCGCAGGGGUGCAUGCUCAACAUGCGGGCUCCUCAGUUGCUGUUGCUGCUGCUCGCCCUGCUGCCGGCUGCAGGCUCAGUCCCCGGCCUCUGCUUCACCCACUAUGAGGAAUCCUCCGGCAUAUGCAAGGGCCUCCUGGGGGGAGGUGUCAGUGUGGAAGUCUGCUGUCUCAACCCUGCCUAUGGCUUCCAGGAGCCUGGCAGCAAGCUUUGUCAGGCAUGCAGGCUCCCACAUUGGUCCCCGUGGUCUGCGUGGGCCCCCUGCUCAGUGACCUGCACUGAGGGAUCCCAGUUGCGGCACCGGCGCUGCAUAGGCCAUGGUGGGCAGUGUGCCGAGAAGGUGGAGCCCAGGACCCUUGAGUGGCAGCUGCAGGCCUGUGAGGACCAGCCGUGCUGUCCUGAGAUGGGUGGCUGGUCUGACUGGGAGUCCUGGAUGCCUUGCUCGGUCACCUGUUCCAAAGGGACCCGGACCCGUCAGCGAACAUGUAAUCGACCCCCCCCCAAGUGUGGGGGCCACUGCCCGGGAAAGCCACAGGAGUCUGAGGCCUGUGACACCCAGCAGGUCUGCCCCAUACAUGGGGCCUGGGCCGCUUGGGGUCCCUGGGGCCACUGUUCGGGGUCCUGCCACAGUGGACCCAGAGCACCUACCCAGAGACGAAGCCGCACGUGUUCUGCACCUGAGCCCUCCAAGAAGCCUCCUGGGAAGCCGUGCCCAGGGCUGGACCAUGAAACCCGGCCCUGCUCCGGCCUGCCACCCUGCCCAGUGGCUGGGGGCUGGGGGGCAUGGGGUCCUGUGACCCCCUGCCCUGUGACCUGUGGCCUGGGCCAGACCCUGGAAAGACGGAAGUGUGAUCACCCUGUGCCCCAGCAUGGGGGCCACCCCUGUGCUGGUGAGGCCACCCGGACCCACAUCUGCAACACAGCUGUGCCCUGCCCUGUGGAUGGAGAGUGGGGGUCCUGGGAGGAGUGGAGCCCCUGCAUCCGUCGGAACAUAAACAAUAUCAACUGUAAGGAGAUCCCGGGCCAGCAGACACGCUCGAGGAGCUGCAAGGGCCGCAAGUUUGAUGGACGGCGGUGCCUCGGGGAACAACAAGAUAUCCGUCACUGCUAUAACAUCCAGCGCUGUAGCUGGAAAGGCUCAUGGUCGGAGUGGAGUUCCUGGGGGCUAUGCAUGCCCCCGUGUGGACCCAACCCCGUCCGCACCCGCCAGCGCCUCUGCGUGGCCCAGCUCCCCAACUUCCCGCGCACCAUUACCGUGGUCGAAGGUCAGGGUGAGAAGAACGUGACCUUCUGGGGGAAACCAUCAGCACGGUGCGAGAUGCUGCAGGGGCAGCAGGUGGUGGUGGAGGAGAAACGGCCAUGUCUACACGUGCCUGUCUGCCAAGACCCUGAGGAUGCACAGCCCUAACAUCGCCCUCUCCCACUCUGACCCCCUGCCCUCCCAGACCUCAAUAAAUGGGCCUCUUCCCCAGGAGUGGGGCAAUAGCAUCUUCUAGGCCAAAGGGCACAGCACGGGCAGAGUCUCAGUGGCUUGUUGU